GCACUGUGUCAAAAGUGUUUUUGUAUCUUCAAAAAUAUAGUGCUUGGUAUUUCCCUGGAAAAAUGUCCGUAGAUCAGGAAUUGGAGACUAAAAUUAGAAAAACCAGCGAGAAAAUCUCCGAAAAUAUGCACAUUGUGGCUAAUGAGCCCAGUUUAGCAUUCUUUCGGAUCCAGGAACAUGUUAGAAAAGUCCUCCCGUUAAUUGUGGACAGAAGGAGCGAGGUAGUUCAGCUGCAGCAGGAUCUUCAGGGUCACUGCUAUGACAUGGAAUACGCAAUCGGAGCAAUAAAAUCCAUUGAAGCAUCUGAACAGAGUUUUCAGAACAUUCAUGAACUCCUGAAGAAUGCCAUCUUCCUGAAGCAGCAACUGAAAUAUGAGGAGUCCCGGAGAUCGAAAAAAGAACCGAGUAAUAACUCGGUUUACAAGAGAUUAUCAGCUCAUAUCACCCUGGAACUCCCGGAUCUGCCAGAUCUUUCGGGAGUUGUGAGGGAAACUACAAAUAGGGUGGAAAAUAUGAUGUCCCAUGCUAGAAAUUCUUCAUCUUCAGCAGCACCAUCCGGCAAUGGAGCUUCAGAGUUGCAGAGGUCGCAUACAACUUUGCAUUGAAACUGUUUUUAAUAUUUGCCAACUGAACCAAAGACAUUAUA